AAAAUAAAAUAAAAAAAAUGUUUUUCACAUUAUAAGAAGGCGGUAAAACAGUAUACACCCACAUUUCUUUAGUAGAUGAAUCUAAAUAAGAAUAAAUUCACUAAAUAUACAACAAAGAAUCCACAUGGAAAAAUACAGCAAGAUUUUUCACAUUUUGGGGAACUAUGGAAUUAGUGAACCGUAUUUCUUUAUUGAAAUCUUAAAACAUUUUUGCGAGAGCCGCUAUAGUAGCGAUUCCUACUUUAGCAGCAGGAUCUUUGGGUUAAUAGGCAUAUUGGAGUAUAGGAGGAAAUUGGAAUAAAGUAAAAUCUUUACUUGUUGGCGUUCCUGUUUAUUAAAAAAUGGUUGAUGUACCUGAAUUGGAUAAAUUAUUCUUUAUUCUUGAUGAUGAUAAAAAUUAUUAACCUUCAUUGAACCAUCAUGCCGUUACAUAAGGAAGAAAAUAUUAUAAGCUUUUCGAAAAUAAUUGAAUAAAAAAUAUAUUAAAAAUUUUAAAAAAAAAAAAAAAAUUAAAUAAUUUUUUUUUUUUUUUCUUUGUUUUUUUUUUGUUUUCUCUU